AUGGGUAGCUUAUGGGGAGGUGCUCACACCUUUACUGAAUCACCUUAUGAUCAGCUAUGGUUACUCGAUGGCGGGUUCAAGCGCGAUUCGUUUGUCUACUACGGUUCGUGGGAAGAAGACAACUCUAUUGUGUACCGCAUCACCACCAACACGGCUACCGUUAGCAAAUUCCUUGCCCCAUUCACGCCCAUCAAAGCAAACUAUGUCCUCCUCAAGGUCCAACUUUCAGCGCCAGAUGCAGCAUACAACGCACUAAAGGCAAACGCUCCCCAGGGUAUGCUCCCCCCGGAUGACUUUAAAUCAGCCUUAGGAGACAAGAACUUUAUGACUGCCGAGCCUUGGGCAGGCUUUAGAGGUUCUGAAAUCAGGGAGUUUGUCAGAACCAACGAAUCUAAGAUUCUCAUUGAGAAGAGGGAGUACAACACUAUGAGGGUCUACACCAUUGUUUGGGCACCGAAUGGCGACAGGUGUCGAUUAGAGGGCAUGGAUAGGUUUAUCUGGAAGGUUAUUGGCGGCGAGCUCAAUGUCGACAACUGGACAAACUUUAUGCGCCUUACGGUCUCUGUCACGGUUGGAGGUUCAAACUGAGGUUUGAGCAGAUGCCAGGUGAGCUGUGGCAGGAUACAGCGGACUGGACAGAGGGGGUGUAGAACAUCGAUAGUAAAGAUAUUAAAUUGAAUUAAAC